CAUACAUUUCUUGACAUUUACAUUUUUUCCAAAAAUAAUAUUAUAUACUGAACCUUUAUACUAAUUAUUGUAUUGUUGCUAUACUAUCCCCUUUAACAAAAAUGAUCUACAGCGACCAACCAGACGAUGAUCGGGCCAAAACCUACGAAAACCGCAUAAUAUACUCGCUACCAUGUCGCAUGGGCCUUUGGAACGAAGACCUGGCUAUCCAGGAGAAUAAAAACGCUAUGACGGCUUACAAACGGGAUCACUGCCAGAUGCUGAUCCAGAAAACCAAAAAAAUGAUGAGAAACAUAUUGAAACCGGCCACGCUGGCUAUCGAAACCACGUACGUGCAAUACGGGUUAAAUUAUCAAAUUAAAACGUCGGAUUUGACUGGGAAUUUAAAAAUGAGCGACUCGAAGGCGUUGUACUUGUCCGGAUUAAUUACCGAAAAGGAAAUCGAUACUUGUCAGCAUUUUAAGCAUGGUUGUAUGAUAACGGCUACACCGCUUAAAGAUCCGUUUAUAAGAAACACUUUUACCAUAGUGGGGUGCAAUGAACAUAAGAGCGCUAAACCAGUGGUUUACGGUGAAGAUCUAAUGAUUAAAAUCUCGGAGAGUGAUGCGGGGCCGCUCUUCAUUCAGUGCGAAAAUUCCACCAUAGAUACAUUCGGUAACCACUUGAGUUUACGCUUGUCUAGGGUCCCAGAUUUUUAUUGUAGAUUUAAAGUUCUCCAUUGGGAUCCGAAAAUGAGGGUGGAAACCCAAGGGUCCGCAUUCACUCCAGACAAAAGAGUCAUAAUCCAGCAUACGGCUUCCGGACAGAAUUUAGCAGUGGAGCUUAACCAAUGGAUCCCGAGCUUUUUUGGGACAGAGUGCAUCGUAAGCUGUCACACUUACAGGGACUCUCAUAAAAUGGAAACUGCUGAGAAUUUUUGGAUGUUUGUUAGCGACCCGAAGGUGCAAACCAAUUUGUUUGUAAGGGCUGCUAAAGGGGAAGAUAUACCAACAGAUGUUUUUGAGUAAAAUGUACGACAAAAAUAAAUAUAUUGUUUCAUACAAA